AAAGUUCUUGCUCCAUGGAUCAGGACCCCAUCCUCUCUUGUGACCAUCCCAAUGCACUAAGAGAAAACAGAGCUAUGCGGAGAUGCCAGCAUUGCCCUCCUUCUUGGUCCUCUUCCUCUGCCUACGUAGCAGCCUCUCAUGCCCCCAGGGGUGCGACUGCCCCGUGGGGAGCGGGGUGGUGUGGUGCAACCGGAGACAGCUGAUGGCAAUCCCUUUUGAUAUUCCUCGUGACACUCACAUACUUUACCUGGACUCUAACUGGAUCACCCAUGUGCCGAAUGGUGCCUUCCGUGGCCUGACGCAGCUCCGAGAACUCCACCUUGCAGACAAUCUCAUUGAGACCAUUGCUCCAGGGGCUUUUCGUGGGCUGGGUGGCGCACUGAGGCUCUUGGACCUUUCAGGCAACCAGUUACAGGCCCUGGAGAUGGCUCCCUUUGUCACACUGGCUUGGGUCAAGCUCGAGCUCUAUGACAAUCCCUGGCACUGUGACUGUUCCCUGCAGGAACUGAUGGAGGCUCUUCCCUUGGACACGGAGACAGUGGAUGACAUUGCGUGUGCCACAGCUCCACGGGAGGAUUUUAUUGGCAAGCCCCUGGCCCAUUUGCUCCACAGCGGUGUCAACUUCUGCAUCAGUCGACAAAGGAACACUGACCUGGCUAUGCUGCUCACCAUGUUUUGUUGGUUCACUGUCGUCAUCACAUAUGUCAUCUAUUACGUCCGGCGCAACCAAGCUGAAUCCAGACGCCACCUAGAAUAUCUCAAAUCCCUGCCACUGCCCCGCAAACAGUCUAGUCCCGAGGAAGAGGUAGAAACAGACACGCUCAGUACCAUACUCUGAGGGCUGCCUUGCACAGCCAUUUUGAGAGAUGACUUAGGUGGCAAUUUUGUGAUGGAAUUCCUCUGAGGGAUGACUGGACAGCCAUUUUGAGGUGGGGGUUACACUAUGAAUUUAAACUGCUUUGAAACUGAUUUUCAAAACCUUUUAAAACAGUCAUAGCUUCUCCUUUUAGAGAAACCUGGGAAUUAGUUUUAUGAGAGCAUUGACUCCCUACACAAAACUGCUGUUCUAGGUUUGCCAGCUCUGCACUGGGAAA